AUGGCUGGAUUCUUCAAGCAAGUUGUGGGUGGAAUCAAAGGGAUUGUAGAUGCAGCCUCAGCAAAUAUCAGCCCAUUUAAAGUGCAAGUUGUUAAACCGGAAGAUCAUGCUGGGCUGACUAUCAAAAACAAUGAUGGUAAUGUGACACUGUUUCGAAGAUCUGGCAGCUACGAAUGUGUGGUCUACACGAGGGGAGUACAAAGCAAGGUUUUCAGCAUAUUCCGUCUGACGAACGAUGGGGAGGCUUAUGCAUUAUUUAAUGUCUUCACACCCAAACUGAAUGCCCUAACCAACUGUAGUAGCUCAUUGGCCAAUGAAAAAGUGAUGCAGAAAGUGUGUGACUGCAUGAGAGACCAUCAGACAUGGACGACGGCCCAUGUAGCUGCCUAUGUUGGCUUGUUUGAAUGCUUUAAAUUUACAGACAUUAAAAGCCUCAUAAACAGUCAAUGUACAGCUACUGGUGCUACCCCAUUGAUGGCGGCAAUCAUGGGGAGACAACUCCAAUGUGUUCAGGAGCUGCAGGCAUGUGGUGCCUCAAUGGAGGUUCAGGAUCAAAAUGGAGACACUGUGUACCAUUACGCUGUAGAAGCAGAUGUAAAAACAAUACCUGUUCUGACUCGCACUGAUGUCAACAAGGUAAUGAACUGGAUGAACAAUUGUGGCCAGACCUGUCUCAGUGUGGCCUGUGAGAAAGGUAUGUUCGAGGCUGUCGAGGAGCUGCUGCAGGCUGGAGCGGAUCCCUUUAUAUCCUCUGCGGAUAGUUUCCCAAUUCACCAAGCAGUCAAAACUGAAAGCAUGAGGUGUGUUGAUAUUCUCCUUAAGAAGUACCCCGACCUUGCAGGCUUGCGAGAUAACAAAAACGGAGGAACAGCGUUUCACUGGGCUAGGACUGAUAAGAUGAUGGAGUUGCUAUGUAAGAGUAAAUGUGAUGUGAACAUUCGAAGUAAUACCAGCCACACACCACUACACAUUAUGCAACAAGAGAAGAGAAUCAACUCUAUGAUGGUGUUGUUGUGUUAUGGUGCCGACGCCACGAUAGCUGACAAAAAUGGAGACACACCUCUUCACCUGGCAGUCAGGAACGACGAUGUUGAAAUGGUGCGUACUUUUGUGGUGUUCGGAGCCGAUGUCAAUUUACGCAAUGCACAGAAUCAGACAGCCAGACACAUUGCAUCUGUCAACAAUGGGAAAAACAAGGAUAUAAUUAUAUUCAUCCUGCAUGUGUCGGGGGCAGGGCGCUGUACAGCUGAGGUUAAGGGCUGUCAGAAGGGAUGUUUCUGUGAGGGAGCUUACGCUGGUACCCCUGAUGAAACGAUGAAGAACAUGAUGGAUGCAGACAAAACAGCCAUACUAGAUGAAAUGUUUGCAUCCUUCCCAUUUGAUGAGACUUUAUGCAAAGCAGAAGAAGCUGGCUUUGGACUGGAUUCCCCUGACUCUGGUACUGGUAUUCCCCCAGGUGAUAGACUGCUCUGUCUAGAUGGAGGCGGCAUACGAGGCCUGGUACUCAUACAGGUAUUGAUGGCUAUAGAGAAGGAGGCGGGCAUCCCCAUAAAGGAGUGUUUUGAUUGGAUAGGAGGCACAAGUACUGGUGGGAUAUUAGCCCUCGGAAUUGGUAUUGGGAAGUCCUUGACAUAUUUGAAAGGACUUUACUUUCGUUUAAAAGAUGAGGUAUUUACAGGAACGCGACCAUAUGCAACAGAACCUUUUGAAGAAAUGUUGAAAAGGGAAUUCGGGGAGACUAAAGUGAUGACAGACGUAUCUCAUCCAAAGGUGGUUGUAAUGGGUGUAUAUGGAGACCGACACCCUUCGGAACUACAUUUGUUUAGGACUUACUUUCCCACUAUACAGAGGGAGUUCACCACCACAAGAAAUGGAGUCAAGUUUGAUCCACCUCCCCCGCCAAAUGAACAAAAGAUGUGGCAAGCAGCUCGAUCCAGUGGUGCAGCUCCAACCUACUUUAGAGCCCAUGGCAGGUUUGUGGACGGGGGAUUGAUAGCCAACAAUCCUACUCUGGACAUGCUCACAGAGAUCCAUGAGUACAACACUGGACUCAAGCUAAAAAAUGAGGCCCAUCUCACACAUCCACUGGUCUGUGUUGUCUCCCUUGGUACUGGACGGAUCCCAGUUGUUCGUAAUGAGCACAUUGAUGUUUAUCGACCUGAAAGUGUAUUUGAGAUUCACAAGGUAGCCAAAGGAAUAUCUGGACUGGUUAGCAUGCUUCUGGAUCAGGCCACUACAUCAGAGGGGAGUCCUGUGGACCGUUCACGAGCCUGGUGCAGCAUGCUAAAUGUCCCUUUUGCAAGAUUCAGCCCACAAAUUUCAGUGGACCUGCCCCUGGAUUGCCAUGACAACAAACAACUGAUCAAUAUGAUGUGGGAAACGCAGUGUUACAUUGAGGCCAACAGACACAGAGUCCAGCGUGUGGCCAGCCUACUGAGAAAAUACCACAGGAUAAAUAUGUCCCUUCGACCACCGUCUGAUGUUUCCAACUUAGUCCAAGUGGGAAACAGUUAA